CGGCCUGACCAGCUGCUGAGAUUCUUUUCUACGAUCCUCACUUUUGAUCGAGGCUACAUUGGCUGUGCUCGUGGGAGAGUUUCCCUACUUGCCGAACCCGACGUCGCACUAGUUGGCGCUCCGAGCAAUCUCUUCUAUGAUUUCCCAUGCCCAUUUCCUGCGGCGCCAGAUGAUCGUCGACUCCUGCGGGGAGCCUGUAUAGUUCUAACUGCUGGGCUGCCUUUUGCCUACUACGAUCCCUUUUCAUUCUCGAAUUUCAUCUUCGGGGAACUUGUGCCAGCUGUUGGUUUUGGCGACCGUCGUUACACACACCAUGCCGGCAACAGUGCCGCCGGUCAAUGAUGACCCGGACAAAAACACCCUCCCGGAUUUCGUGGAUAGUGAACAGGAUGCGGAAGGAGAAGAGGAGACAGACCUGUUUCAGAUGGAUCAGCAGCUUCAGGAUGCGGUGCACCGCGCCCUCUCAGGUGAACCCAUCGACAUCGCGGCGGCAGCUGACCCUGGAACUGAUCAGGAUGCUGAAGGAGAAACCGACAUCGAGAUGGACGUGAAUGGCGCUCCCUUGGAUGCCGAGCCGGUUGGCGCAGUGAAACUACCCAAAAAUGCUUCUUUUGGGGACGAAGAAGAUGUGGUUAUGAGUUCAGCAGACGCGGAGGCGGACGCAGACGAAGAUCCGGCUUCGGAGCAUAAUAGCGACAGCGAACACGAACAAGAUGGUUCGAGCUCGUCAUCCAGCAGUCAGGAAUCGGACGAUGAGUGGGAAGGCGAGAGCAAUGACCAUGAGGAUGCGGAGGCGGAGAACACGGUUCGCGGCAACUGCAUAUUCUGCGGACAAGACGAAGACAACGACCCCGGUGAAGAGUAUGAAGAAUAUUUGACCUGCGGAGUCUGUGGCGAUCACUCUCAUCGACAAUGCGCCCGGGAACAGAGUGCAUUGGACGACGCGGAAGCCAAUUCAUGGCGAUGUCCGACUUGCGUCCGAGAGAAGCUGAGACCCACCCCCAACGAGAGAGCGCCGAUUCAACGGAAGAAUCGAGCCAAGAACAUGCGCAAGGAGCUGCUACCCGCCCAUACUGGCGAAGAAGGCUCCGAUUUUCACUCGAUCUUCAACACAGUCACGGUCAAUGAUGAACUUUUAAACAGCUCUCGGUCGCUGCGUAAAAGAAAAGCUCUUUCGACGUCGGUGGAGGCAGAUGAGCAUGCGCCUGUCCUACGUAAACGCCAACGGCAGGCCUCAUUGCGCUCCGAUCGGGCCAUCUCCCGGGAAAUAAAAGAUGUGGUUGAUGGCAUGUCGCCUGUUCGAACGCGGUCUCGUCGCACGCGCAAGAGUGAGCCGGAGAAUUGUCGUGUAGUGUUGAAGCAGUUUGGACGUCUCGUGUUAGCCUUCCGCCUGGAUGAGGCCAGACUAACCAAAGUCUUCAAUACUCGGAGCAGGUCUCAAACGCGAAACCACCGGACUCCUAAACCACCCCCGGUGGCUCCUGAGCCCCAAACCCAUUUUGCCCCCAUCACACCUGUCUCCUACUAUACCCCCUUUUACUCUUUCAAUGACCGUGAGAUGGAUGAGUCCAAGUCUAAACCUUACGGAGGCAUUCUCACUGAUGUCGACGCGGAUACCUCGAAGACGUUGCCCACGAAUCUCGAUCGCGAAAAAUUUGAAGUAGCCCGUCACAGAGCAGAGGAGGAAUGGCGACGGAGAAUCAUGCAGACCGAAACCAGCGGCGAAACCGUACAACAUGCGUCACAAAAGGUCUCCGGCCCUCCUUCGAGAAUCAAAUACAUCAACUUCGGUGGUUAUGAGAUCGAGACCUGGUAUGCUGCUCCCUAUCCGGAAGAGUAUAGCCGCAACCGAGUUCUCUAUAUUUGUGAAUUUUGCCUGAAGUACAUGAACUCGGAUUAUGUCGCCUGGCGUCAUAAGCUAAAAUGCCCGGCGAAGCAUCCGCCGGGCGACGAAAUCUACCGUGAAGGGUCAAUAUCUAUUUUCGAGGUGGACGGGCGGAAGAACCCGGUGUAUUGCCAGAAUCUCUGCCUUCUUGCAAAGCUUUUUUUGGGGUCUAAGACUCUUUACUACGAUGUCGAACCUUUCCUCUUUUACGUCAUGACUGAGUACGAUGAUCUGGGAUGUCAUUUCGUUGGGUACUUCAGCAAAGAAAAACGUCCUAGCUCCGCCAACAACGUCUCGUGCAUCUUGACGCUCCCUAUCCAUCAACGGAAAGGUUAUGGAAAUCUACUCAUUGACUUUUCCUACCUGCUUACGCGCAUUGAGGGUAAGACAGGGUCUCCGGAGAAGCCCCUGUCUGAUAUGGGAUUGGUUUCCUACAGAAACUACUGGCGCCUCAUUCUAUCCUAUCAACUACGAAACCAAAAGAGCCCUCUCAGUAUCGCCGACAUCUCAGAACGCACAGGCAUGACAGCCGAUGAUAUCGUGUCGGGCCUGGAAGCAUUGCGUGCUCUUGUGAGAGAUCCUGUGACGAAAACUUAUGCUUUGCGCCUUGACUACAAAUACUUUGAGGAGUGCAUUGAAAGUUGGGAGAGCAAGGGCUACGUUCAGCUCAAUCCGGACGCCCUCGUCUGGACACCUUACAUCAUGGGUCGAAGCAAUCAAUCACAAUUCGAUCGAGCUCCACUACAUGCAGUGGCCCCCCGCGAAGGGUUAGACGACGAAGAGAGCGAGGAUGUGAAAGAGUCCGGGGACGAGGAAGAGCAACCACUCUCAGCUGAUAUCGACAUGUCGAAAGAAGAUAGCACGGCUCCACCCGUCAUUAAUGGGACCGUUGACCUAGAGUCAAAGCAAAUUCCGCAAGAGCCGGCGGGACCUCCUUCGACAGAUGCACUGAUGAGCAGCGGUGGCCUCGGUCAAAUAGCGGCCACUUCUGCAGAGUCCAGUACCUCGGCUGGAUCUAAACCCGCUGAUGGCAUACCUGCCUGGAGAUUCGAGGUCUGGCCACCUGUUCAAGCCCCCUCCUACAAAAGGCGUGGCGGGCGACCGUGGGGCAGCCGGACAAACCUCAAGAUGGUUUCAACCCCUACGACCGUCCGAACAAGCGGUCGCAACACCCCUCGUAGAUCAUCAGUGCUAGCAUCCAUGACUCCCAGUGCGAAUCAGAUGAGUGUCCGCCGUGGCCGAAGUGCCAAACUUAUGGAAUCCCCUGCCGUCGAUUCUGGUAGCGGAGAGCCACCUGGCGCCGAGAAUGAUCAAGGCAAGGACAUCGAAAACCUGAGAGCCGGUCACCCGGAAGAGCUGUCCCCGACUGCCAUGCCGUUGGAGACCGAGGACCAAGUGGAUCGGACUGCUGAGGCGGAUGCAACGCCUCAGUUAAAUGGUAGCCGGGACUCGGAACGUGGAGCGGAGGGCCAAAGCGGCGAGACUCAAUUACUAGAAGCGCCUGCAACAGUCAAGAAGACAAAGGUCAACAAGUCUGUGAAUCGGAAACCAUUGGUUGAACAGCUUGAAGUGGUCAUUCCUGCCGACGACCAAAUCCACGCAAAUGGUAUACCGGAGCAAAGCCUAGUCAACGGAACUGAUGCCGAUGGCGAUGUUGUGAUGGACACCUGAUCUCUCCCAUUUUGGCGACGAAAAAUUUAGACGGAAUGGAUGCAGUCAUGGAUCCGAAUUCGAUCUGUUUCCCUCUAAAUGGGGGCGACUCGGGGCGUUAUGCAUUACUCUUGAGCGGAUGGUUUGUUUACACGCGAUUUCUAAGGGGAGGGAACAUGUUUCAUGACCAGGAUUGUUGGCUUCCUGCUUUUGUUGUACCUUGCAAGCACGGAGUGGGCUGGAAAACCCGGAGUUUUUUUGG